AUGGACAUAUAUAACAAAAAUAUUUGCUGUAUACUGGCAGAAGUAGGUCUUAAUCUAGGCAGAUUUUCUUUUUAUCAGAACUUAAUAGAUAAGAAUAUUGUAUUUUAUACAUCAGAAGAAAAAUUAAAGAGACAAAAUAAACUAUUCUUUUACAUCAAAAUUAACCGAUAUUAUUGUGAAUUUAUUUCAGAUCUAGGAAUAUUCAGAUGUGAUCUCAAAGAUAGAGUGGAUGCGUUGUAUAAAAUAAGAGGGAGAAAAGAAGUUUUUAAAGCUAUAGUAGAGAAUUACCCAGAAUACAAAAGAAUAGAAUCUAAUCUAUACAUAUACUCAAGAAAUAAUGUUUCUAAAGAUAUAAAUAUACCAGAAGGGUUUAUGGUAGUGAGUUCCAUAGAUGAAUCUCUUCUUGACAAUCCUAUUCUAUGCGGUGGUAUCUACAUUUUGUGGGAUAACGAUAAUAUACAAAUGGUCGAUUAUUAUACAAAUAAAAAAUACAACAUUAAAGAAGAAGAUAUAUCUUACAUAUUUGAAUUAAACUUCAAUAAUAACUUCAGUGCAGAAGAAUGUUACAAUUAUGUAGCCGCAUACAAAGAAAGACUUAAAGCUGAAGAAGAAUAUAAAGAGGACACACUAUCAAUGUAUAGUUUUACUUCUUCAUCAUGUGAGGCUGAAUUUUAA